AUGGCCAACUCCCGUAAUAACCGGACUACACCUUCAGCAUCGCGGAACAUCACCGACGUCGUCGAUCAGUACGCGUCACCGGGUUCAGGUUCUUCACUACCAGAAUACUCGCGGCGGUCGUAUGAUCCUGUACUAGAUAGGGGCUAUCUCGAUCGCGCCCAACUCUUCGGUCGCACACCUAUUUCUAUCCAACACAACGCACGUCGCGCCCGCCCUCCUUCUACCUCAAGUUCAAGCAUACGAAAGCGAUCGUCGCGUACCCCUACUGGCGAGUGGGCGGAAGCGGGUCUUCCUGAACCACCUAUCGAGAAGAGUAGGGUUAGCUUGGAUAAUGCUGAGGGUUUGAUUUGUACGCCUAGUGGCAUAACGACGCUUGGGGUUGAGGAGGAUAUGCCGGGGAGGUUUUCGCCGUCGGCGAGGGAACCGGCUGGGAGUAAGAUAGAGCCUGCUGAAGAUGCGUUAAGGGAGCAGUUUGAGAAGGGUAGGGUAGAGCUGGCUAGGGAUCUUGCGCGGCGAAGUAGUUCGAAUGGGAAGUCGAAGUGGGCUGGGAGGGGCUUUGAUGCGCGUCGUGGAGGGUACGUGUCUCCGAAAACGCCGUCGGUGGCAUCGGAUGAUGAAGAAGAGGAGUUUGGGUAUGUGGAUCCGGCUAGGGUACGGGAUGUUCUUGCGCGUGUGAAGGCGAGAGAGGCGAGAAGUGGGGAGACUGGGCAUGCGAAGCUGCUCUUUGAUGGUUCGCAGCGUGGGAGGGAUGAACACGAGGCGCGCGAAAGCUAUUUCGACGUCGAUAUUCCGCGCCGCAGUACGAAUGCGCUCUUCGAUUCACCUGAUGCAGACAUGGCUUUGCCAAAACGUCCGGAUCGACGUGUCCGGGUCUUCUCGACAUCACGGCAACCGGUCGAAGCGCUUUCUAUAAAGACGCCGAACCGUCAAAAGUACCCAUCUCCAGCUAGCGAUCGAACGGACCUCUCGUUCUCGCCCAUCAUCACUGCUAUCGACGUACCUCCCCAGCCAACACCCCAGAAUCUCAAUAUCACGCCCCUUACCAUCCACCUCUCCUUCAGCACCAUCACAACAACAAUCGCCCAACCGCCUACUCGUGCACACAAUCGCACCUGUCUUACCUUCUCCCAAGCAAUCGCAAUAAUCUACGGCUGCAUGGCCAUAACAGCAUCACACCAAGCGCUCCUCGGUCUAGGCGGUGACAUCGCCGCUAUGGAUUUGAUUAUGGGUCUGUACAGGGCUUUUUUCCUCGGCCUUGCUAUUUGUAUAGUUCUGCAAUUGCUGCUCGGUACUCGAUUGCGACGCGUCCUUAGGAAUGUUCUGUGA